AUGAAGACCAUAUCCUUUGCUCUGUUCCUCACAGCUCUUAAUGAGCUGACCACAGCUCUAGUCAGACAACAUUUUUAUAUUUCUUUGCAAUUGCCAUGGAACCAAGCUCAGAUAUACUGCAGAUCUAAUUAUGCAGAUCUUUCCACCAUCAACAGUCAAACUGAGUAUGACAUAUUUCUGAUUGAUAAAGGCAGUAGUAAUGAGGAUAGCUGGAUUGGCCUGAGCAGAUAUGGAAAUGAAUGGAAUUGGUCUGAUGGAAGCCAGUAUAAUGGGACAAUUAACAUGUGGAAAAAUGGACAACCAGACAACAAAAACACAAAUAACUGUGUGAAGUUGCAUAACGGCCAGUGGGAACAGAAUGACUGUUCUCAACAAAAACAGUUUUACUGCUAUAAAUGGAUUUCUGGUGUGACUCUGGUACCGAGGCAAAUGAGCUGGGAGAAUGCUCUGAAAUUCUGCAGGACCUACUACUCUGAUCUUGCUAGUCUUACUACACCACGCAGCUUACUUUAUGCCAAAAACUAUACCACAACCAGUGUGUGGACAGGUUUGCGGUUCCUGGCUGGUUCGUGGUUCUGGGUGACUGGGGAGCUUUUGGAAGAUGUGACCUCAUUGUCUAAAUGUCCUGUUGAACCCUAUCGCUGUGGAGCCCGAAACCCUGCAAUUGAUCUCUGGGAAAACAAAGACUGUGAGGAGAAACUCUACUUUCUCUGCAAAGAAAAACAAUAAGACAGGCCCUGUGUCCAAAAGGGUGUACUGUCAGAUUAUGCAGUCUCCUGUAUUGAUGAAGGAUACACUUCUCGGCUGGUAAAAUAGUUGGUUCUUUAGGAAUGCAUGCGAGUAGUAUGAAUAGAUUCUGGAUAUACUUCAUUCGGGGAUGUGGAUAUUUACGGUUUGGUGAAUACUGAGGAUUCUGACUUAUUAUUUCAUUGGCAUAUUGUUUUUGCAAUUCUAUAUAGUAAUGAAGUAUGGAUAUUUAGAUGCAGCAAUAGUGAGACAGAGGAGAGUGGAUUAGGUGAAUCAGAUGGUGAAUCAAAUCAAAUGUUCUUAUAAGGUCUAGUUUUUGUCUUGUUAAUAUCCUGUCUUUGGAGGGAGAAAAAAAAAUCAAAGCUAUAUAUUUUCAUACAUAGUGUACUGUGCAGCUUUGUAGAUUUUAUUGUGAACUAGGUAUAUUUUCUGUAGAAUAAUUUUUGUCCUAAAUAUAAAUAUGGACAUUCAACUUUUUGCUUCAUCACAAUCACUGUUGGAUAUGUCAUUUUAGAAACACAACACAGAAAAGUAUAGAAUAAUAAAUAUUCUCCCCACUUUAAAAAUAAAAUAUCACCCUCUUAAUAUACAGUAGUCAUUGUCACUGUUUAUUCCUCCUGCUGCCCUAAAGGCUUAUGAGCAUUAAAUGUUUAAUGUUUUCAAUUCGAUCUCAGCCUAGAUAUGUCUGUAGUUGCUCCUUUAUUUUAAAGGCACCUAUGUAGGUUCACAUUGGGUCUAUUGGCUUGGCAGAAAUGACAUCUUUUCAUCUAUAUGAGCUUUAUCAAAAAGCCAGUUGUAAUUUCUUAGAAAUUUGUAAGAUUAAUGUUUACAGAAUUCCCUAUUUGUGUAAUAUGAAUUCUCUUUGUUUGACUGCUGUAUUUAACUAUUUUCUGAGGUCACUUGCUACCAAG